UCUUAUUUGCUUUUGCCACUCAUUUUUGAUUAUCACAUCACAAUAUUCUUCAAAAAUCUUUCUAAAUUAUUCCUGUGGAAUAUGGGUAAGUUGGCCAUUUUUUUUUUUCGAAAUAUUUGUUUUGUUGAUAGAACGGAAUUCUUUCAUCUAGAAAUCCGAAUUUGAGCAAUUAAGAUACUUAGAAACAAUAUUUUUUUUGUAUUCUUUCAAAAUUCAAGGACUAACCGCUGACUCACAAAUAAAAAAUAGGGAAUAGAUUCAUAAGUUCAAAGCCUCAUAAUAGAACUUAUGCUUGAUAAAAAUAUUAGAUCAUAUGGAGGUGGGUUCAUUAAAAAUUCACAGACGAAAAAAUGAAAAAAAAAACAUUUAUUCCCUUUCUAUAUCUUACAGCUAUAGUUUUUUUGCCCUGGUGGAUCUCUUUAUUUAAUAAAAGUUUGGAAUCUUGGGUUAUUAAUUGGUGUAAUACUAGUAAAUCCGAAACUUUUGUAAAUGAUAUUCAAGAAAAAAGUAUUCUAGAAAAGUUCAUAGAAUUAGAGGAACUCGUUCGCUUGGACGAAAUGAUAAAGGAAUAUCCGGAAACACAUCUACAAAAGUUUCGUAUCGGAAUUCACAAAGAAACAAUCCAAUUGAUCAAGAUGCACAAUGAGGAUUAUAUCCAUACGAUUUUGCACUUCUCGACAAAUAUAAUCUGUUUCGUUAUUCUAAGUGGUUAUUCUAUUUUAAGUAAUGAAGAACUUAUUAUUCUUAAUUCUUGGGUUCAAGAAUUCCUAUAUAAUUUAAGCGACACAAUAAAAGCUUUCAUUCUUUUAUUAACCGAUUUAUGUAUAGGAUUCCAUUCACCCCAUGGUUGGGAACUAAUGAUUGGCUCGGUCUACAAAGAUUUUGGGUUUGCUCAUAAUGAUCAAAUUAUAUCUGGCCUUGUUUCCACUUUUCCAGUCAUCCUCGAUACAAUUUUUAAAUAUUUGAUUUUCCGUUAUUUAAAUCGCGUAUCUCCGUCACUUGUAGUGAUUUAUCAUUCAAUGAAUGACUGAAAAAUGAUCCAUGAAUCCAAUUAGAAUGUUUGUUAUUUUGUACAAAAUACAAAAGCAAAACAUUCAAAAUCUUACUAUCAAACAAAAUCUUACUCUAUUUAAUAUAUAUAUAUUUCUUUUUCUAUACAUCCAAGGGAUUCUCUUCCUAUAUUUUCUAUUUUAGUAAAAAAAUUUCAGUAAAUAGCAGUAUCGUGGAUAGGGAACUAUACUAGCGACCUACCUAAUUUUAUUGUAGAAAUUUUCAGGA